AUGCCAAAUAAAGAAGAAGUCGAGGGAAUUGCCUCAUCAGUUGCUGGAUCGGUCGUUGGUAACAAAGUCGCCGACAAGGCACACCUUGGAGGAGCAGGACAUAUUGCAGCUGGUGUUCUAGGAGGAAUCGGUGGUGGCAAAGCUGAGCAAAAAGCUGAUGAAAAGAAGUAA